UGUUUUUUCCAAUUGCAUGUAUUCCUGGAAAGGAAAAAAAUCCUCCUAACCCAAACCAGGAAUACAUCGCCCUCUCCUUCUCCUUCUGCUUAAUCUUCUUGAAUUUGCAUUUUAUAUGCGUACAUCCAGAAGACUGGCGACGAUGCCGGACAUAGAGUUUGGAGGGCACACGGUGAGAUCCCAUGGGGCUAAGGUGGCCAAAAAGCACAGAUGUGACUGGUUGAUUUUACUUGUGCUUAUAGCAAUGGAUGGCUUUUUAAACUACAUUCAGCCUUUUAAUCGAUAUACUAACGCAAGAAUGUUAGAAGAUCUCAAAUUUCCUUUCAAAGAGCAUGACACAAUACCAAUGUGGGCCGUUCCUAUCUUUGCAGUAAUUCUACCGUGGACAGUAUUUCUCAUUUACUAUCACUACAGGAGGGAUGUUUAUGAUUUGCAUCAUGCGAUAUUGGGCAUCAUGUAUUCUGUUCUAGUGACUGCAGUAAUCACCGAUAGCAUCAAAGAUGCUGUUGGUCGUCCACGCCCAAAUUUCUUCUAUAGGUGCUUCCCUGAUGGAAUCGCGGCCUUUGAAGCUAAUGGCAAUGUUAAGUGUCAUGGAGACCCUAAACUUGUCAAAGAAGGAUAUAAAAGCUUUCCCAGUGGACAUACCUCAUGGUCAUUUGCUGGCCUUGCUUUCCUCUCAUGGUACCUAUGUGGAAAGGUGAAGGCUUUUGACAGAAGAGGUCAUGCUGCAAAACUCUGCAUUGUUCUGCUUCCUGUUCUAUUUGCUGCAUUAGUCGGAAUUUCUCGGAUUGAUGACUAUUGGCAUCACUGGACAGAUGUAUUCACUGGAUCCAUAAUAGGAACCGUGGUUGCCUCUUUAUGUUACCUGCUUUUCUUCCCAUUCCCUCAUGAUAUCAAUGGAUGGGCACCUCAUGCAUCUAUCAAAAUGAGAGAAAAAGAUUUCCAGUCUUCAUCAAUAGCAUUGGACACGGUGUAAUGCAACAAGAGUCCAAGAGGGAACCCUCAUUAACCAGGCCUGAACAGUAAUGCAUGAUCUGGAAGUUGUUGGAGAUGGAAGGAGACACUGAACUCAGAUUUCUGAAGCUUCGUCGAAAGAGAAAACAUAUCAUCUAAACAUUUUGUCGUCUUCAUUUUUGUUUAGUCUGGCUUAUGUUGGUUCAGUCUGCAGUCAUACUUGUAUAUCAAGAGAGUUGUACAAUAUCAAGGGGACAUUGUUCCUCACCUCCACAUUUUAUAUGGGGAGAAAGAACAGGCUCAAGCUCUUACAAAACAUAGUCUUUUUGUACAUUUACAUCUACUAUGUAGAAAUGUAAGAUCACUAUACCAACAGACAUCCUUGUUGUAAAAAUGUAAAUGAUGAGCUUUUCCUUUCCAU